AUGUCCUUUGAUACUCUAUCUAUUUGGUUGGAUACUAUUAUAACUAAGCUUAGCAUUGAAAUUGAUAUACAUAAUAUCACUACUGAUGAGAAUACUGCGAUUAUUGGUAAGCGUAUUACUCGGAAUGCACUAAUGCUAAGGUUGGACCAGUAUUCAUACGCUUAG